AUGUUUAUAGGCCAUUCAGUGGUGUACGACGGCAAAGAAGCGGAAUUUGUUUAUGAGAACGUACGAUUAGGCUAUGAGGGUUUGCAAACUGAAGACAGUGAGAUGGUCGAGGUGAAUGUACGCGCUAAGUGUGCCACGCGCCGGAGAAAUACUUCGGAAUGGAUACCGUUAGUGGAACGCGGUCAGGCCGGCAGCGGUACCGGUGUUCGUGCCUGCAACAUCGCCACU